GUCCCGUUCAUGAACACCGCGAAUUCGACGAGGGAAUUCCACUAAAUGACGCUCGUCGCCGGCGGCAGGUGUCCCCGCCUAGGGACAGCGCAUGUCCAGCGGCUCGCUCCACGGGAAAUUGCCCUAUCUCACGCGCAAUUGGCGGUGCCAUUACCUCGCCGUGCGUUAGUGGACCUCCAUGGGUCGACUGGGCUGCCGCUGCCAGCCUCCACGGCCCCAACUGCUGCAUCCAUCACCUCCCCUGCAGCCGCUGCCGGCGCAGCUGUUGCUCCCUUAGACUGCGUCCCCGAGCAGUCGCGCCAGCACACCGCGCUCCCUGCCGGACGUCACUAUAAGGAGCCGCAGGAGCAGAAAGAAACGCAGGAGCAGGCACCUAGGCCGGCAUGGAGUCCUCCCCCGGACAGGUCGGGUGUGCUGGACGCCUCCGGCCGGCUGCUGGCCAAGUGCCUGACCCUGUCGGAGCUGGAGGAGUGGUUCGCAGCGGAGGGCGAGGCCGCCCCCGCCCGCCGCGCGCUGCAGCUGUGGCGCUGGAUGUACGCGGACCCGCCCGCAUGCAGUCGCAGCCCCGCCGCGGACGCCUGGGUGGGCGGGCUGGAGGAGACGCGCGGCCGGCAGAACGGCUUCAGCGCGGCCUUCCUGGAGCGGUUCGGCCCGCAGCUGAGCCUGUCCGGCGGGUUGCGGCUGCAACGGGUGGUGCGGGCCGCUGACGGCACCCGUAAGCUGCAGUUCGAGGUGACCCACGGGUCGGCUGCGGGCGGCGCGGUGGAGGCGGUGAUCAUCCCGGUGGUACGGCAGCAGGGGCGGAGGGACCGGCUGACGCUCUGCGUGUCAUCGCAGGUGGGUUGCGCCAUGAACUGCCAGUUCUGCUUCACGGGCCGCAUGGGGCUGCGGGGGCAGCUGAGUGCGGGGCAGAUCGUGGAGCAGCUGGUGGAGGCGAGGAGGCUGCUGGCGGAGGAGGGCGACCGCACCCCGCUCACCAACCUGGUGUUCAUGGGCAUGGGCGAGCCGCUGCACAACCCGCAUGCCGUCACUGCAGCUGCCGCCAUCGCCUCACACCCCCUGGGCCUCCACAUCAGCCCCAACAAGAUCACGGUCAGCACGGUGGGUUUGGUUCCGGAGCUGCGGUGGCUGGUGGCACACAGCCGGGUGCAGGUGGCGCUGUCGCUGCAUGCGACCACAGAUGAGGUCCGCGACUGGAUCGUGCCAGUCAACCGCCGCUACGACCUGGCCUGCCUCACCGCAACACUGCAGGAGCUCUUCCCCAAGACACAACAGCCCCAGCAGCAGCAGCCUGAGCAGCAGCAGCAGCUGCCGCAGCAGCCAACAACGACAAGCCCACUCGCUGUCGCUUCCAAGGACGAGGGCGAGGGCGAGAAUGGGAACAGAGCGGGGGCCGGAGCCUCCGGAGGUGGGGAAGGAGGAGACGUGCAUGUGCAGCAGCAGGGGCAGCAGCGACAUGCAGGUCCAAGCUCGUGCAGCGGACCACAGCAGGGGGACGCGGAGGAGGUGCAGGGGGUGGAGGUGGAGGAAGACGAGUUAUCAGCGGAUCGUUGGUUGCCGCCUCUGGGACCUCGGGGCUUCGGGGGUGACGACAGCAGCAGCAGCAGCAGAGGCGGAGGCGGAGGCAGUAGUGGGGUGGCCGCAGCGACAGCAGCAGUAGCAGCCGUGGCUGAGCCGGAUGCCGCCGAUUCGUCUCAAUGUGGCAGCGACAGCAGCAGCAACACAACUAGUCCUGCCGCCGCCGAUGCGGUUGAUACUGCGGCCAGUGCUAACUCCGCUGCUAGCACCGGUGCAUGCGGUUGCGGCAGCACCGGCAGUAGCCACGUCGUCGGUAGCAGUAGCAGCAGCGGACCCAGCAGUGACAUCAGCGGUGGAAGCAGUAGCAGCAGCAGCAGCAGUAGCGACAGUAUUGGCGGCGGUCAGUCUCCUCGCAGCCUGCUCGUGGGGUACACCCUGCUUCACGGGAUCAAUGACACGCUUGAAGAUGCGGAGCGCCUGGCGUCCAUGCUGUCCCGGGUGCAAUGCAAGGUCAACCUGAUCGUGUUCAACCCGCACGAGGGAACACGCUUCCAGCCUUCCAGGCCGGAGGACGUGACGGCCUUCCGAUCGCACCUCAUCUCGAGGGGGCUGGUGUGCACUAUCCGUGACAGCAGGGGAGACGAUGAGAUGGCUGCAUGCGGGCAGCUGGGCGAUGUGGGGCCGGCGCUGCGCCCCGCCCCCAUCCUGGAGCCCCCGGAGCGCUUCAGACGCUUCCUGCUGCCGCCGCCGGCACCGCAGAGGACGCCGGCCGAGGGGAAGCAGCAGCAGCAGUAGGAAUGGGAGCCUCGUAGGCCUCGUCAGGGAAGCCCUUUUCACCCUAUGCUGUGCGGAUGCUCCUUAACUGGGCAAGCCGCAAUUAGGAAGCACGCAUGCGGGGUGGAGGCCUGGAAGGUCCUUGGGUGGCGGCUCAGCGGUGACGAGUGAAGCAGGGCCGGAGGGGAAGGUCAUCUGACGGGGGUGUAGGCGUUGAUGGAAGCGGAGUAGGGAUGUUGCUGCCAAUCCAACAGAUAGCGGCAAGAGGCUGUGGAGGCCUGAUGGGGUCGACGCUGACAUUGGACGUAUGGCUAUGCCAUGGACGCUGAGUGGGGUGCACUGCUGAUCAGAUGCACACAAAGGAAGGAAGCUCCCCCCCGCCAACCAACGUUACAUCGCACGUCUUGCACACGUUGAACCGUACACGAGGACCAACCUUCAGCUUAGUACA